UUACUUGCCUGGCUGUGAUUCAGUUGUUCCGCGACUUUUGCUCACAUCAAUUCGUGAUAAAGAAACCUUAGGAAUAAUUUAAUUGUCAAACCUACCGAAAUAAAAAGUAUACAAACGAUUUUAUAAAAACAAGAAAAUUUUUCUACACAAAAACAACAUGAAGUCCGUAACUCUUGUCACAAUAUUGGCUUUGGCACUCUCCUUCGCCUAUGUGCAAGCAGAUUGUGACGAUUCUGCACAGAGUAAUGAGGAUGGUGAUGUCAAGCAGUUCUUCAAGAAUUUGGGCUGUAAAAUACAGAAGGGCGCCGAAAACUUGCAGGACACCGCCAAGCCAUGGGCAGAAAAGAUCGGUACAUCGGCUAAGGAGUUCGGCAAUACAGUAGCGCAAAAGUACGACGAGUUGAAGCACAAAUUGACAGAUGACGACAAUUCGAACGGACCCUCGACUCCAUUCCCUGUGGCAAAUGCGCCAACUGAAAAGGUACCCUUGGCACCUUUGAGUGGUGAAGCAGCCGCAUCAGCAAGUAAUCCCGCUUCAGCGGCCGCAGUACCCACAGCUGCCAAAGACUAGUGAAUGCCCUAAAGGUCAAGCAGUCGAUCACCGUCGUCAAUGUCGUCCCAAUGUUUAAUGUACUACAAAAUUUACUCGUUUCUGAAUGUUCUAUGGUGAAGUGGAUCGUGCCAACAAAGGUUGAUAAGCUUAAAUUAGAGCAAAGCUUACAUUGGCUUAUAAAGCAUAAUUUGAUAAUUGGAAAAGUAAUUAAUAACCUCAAAAUCGUUUAAAACUAUCUGUGAAAUUUUAAAGCUUUUGAACAAACCACAAUUAUUUAAUUACACAUUCACAUACAUAAUACAUUUAAUCAAUCAAACAAAA